AUUAAAACGCAGCCACGGACCAAGAGAGAGAGAGAGAGAGAGAAUCAAGCAGAAGAACGAAGAACACACAAGGAAGGUAGAACCGCAGCAGAAAAGAAUGUCUGGAGGUUAUCAUGAUCCACGUGGCUUCUCUCCCGAGAGACUAUUGGAAGAUCUUCAAAUACAGACUGUUGAAAUCCAAAGGCUUUUUAGUGAUAACCACAGACUAGCUGAAGACCGAGUGCUUUUAGAUCGAGAACUGGGCUCUUCCAAGGAAGAGCUUCACCGAAUGAGUCUCGCUCUCUCUGAACUCCGUGCUGAAUAUGAUCAUCAAUCCAGGGAGUUCAGCGAGAGAAUGCAGGACGAUGCUCGUGCUUUGGAUUCUUGUAAGGAAGAGAUUCACCGAAUGAAACUCAUGGUUUCUGAUCUCCGUGCUGAGCAAGAUCUGCAAUCGAGGGAGUUUAGUGAGAAAAGGGAGGAGGAUGGUCGUGCUAUAGAGUCUUAUAAGGAAGAGAAUGCAGAGUUGCGCGGUGAAGUUCAGAAGCUAAAUGGCGUAAAACGUGAACUUGGUGGAGAUGUUGAGAUACUUAGGAAAGAUUUGGUCAAGUUGCAGUCGGAGAACAAGCAGGUUCCUGGUUUGAGAGCUGAGGUUCAAGACUUGAAGAAAGAGCUUAUGCACGCUAGAGGUGCUAUUGAGUAUGAGAAGAAGGAAAAGUUUGAGCUUAUGGAGCAGCGGCAGUCUAUGGAAAAUAACAUGGUUUCUAUGGCGCGUGAAGUUGAAAAGCUACGAGCAGAACUUGCUGCUGUUGAUAGUAGGCCCUGGGGCUAUGGUGGAUCAUAUGGGAUGAAUUUCAACAAUAUGGAUGGCAGCUUCCGUGGUUCUUAUGGAGAGCACAAUGGUUUUCUGAUGCCAUCCGAGAGAGGAAUGAACCUUCAGGCCCAGCCAAGAAACACUGGAAACCAAACCGCAUCCAACCGAGCUGAGGCAGCAGAGAUACUCGAGUGCACACGCAGCGUGGGGCAGCCGCAGAAUGGUGCGAAUGGCCAAGCACAGGUUCCAGUGGGAGACACUGCGGCAGUAAGUGCAGCCGUCUUGCAUGGACUCAAGGAGCUGUUUGGGCCGUUGCUACAACAGAACUCCGCAGGGGGACUGGCCUCUCGGGCCGCAGCGGUUCUGCAAGUACAAGGAGGUGCCGGUCUGGAAAAGCCUUCUCCGCUUGUGCCAGCAACCGGGCCAAUACCUUCAUACUGGGACGCAUUAAGACGGAUGAGGGACUUGGGUACUGAGACCUUCGGUGGUGGUGCUGACCGGGUAGCCGCAGACAACUGGUGGCAACUGCUGGAAAGGAACUUUGAGUUCAGCAUGUGUCCAGUGGAAUACCGAAAGGAAUUAGCAGCCCAUUACUUGAGGGAAGAAGCCCAUAUCUGGUGGGAAAAUGUGGUUCAGGGAACUCCAGAAGGGUAUGUGCUCAACUGGUACGACUUCAAGGAUGAAUUCGCCAGGAGAUACUUUCCGGAGGAAGCCAUCGAUCAGAUGGAUAAAGACUUCGCGGAGCUGCGUCAGGGAACUAGAACCGUGAGGGAGUACGAGCAGGAGUUCCAUCGUCUGAGAAAGUUUGUAAGCAGGUGCGUUGAUGAGAGGGAACAUAUAAAAAAGUUCGUGAGGGGCUUGCGGGUUGACAUUAAGAACCGAUGCCAAAUGCGGAGGUACGUGAGCAUGGUUGAUUUGGUGGAGACGGCAGUCCUGAUGGAGAGUAACAUUGACGUGGAAGUUAAGCAAGCUAGAGCAUCCCAAGCGCCAAAGGGAACUCUAAAACGGACAUGGGACGACCAUGCUGCAGAUUCAGGAACAGAGCAGACAUCCAUGUCGGGACUGCGUGGGCGGAAACACGUUCGACCAUUCAAAAGUAAGGCAUGUUAUGGAUGUGGUCUUACGGGGCAUAUUAAGCGGAAUUGCCCGGGAACUCAGCUCACGUAGAGAGCAAAAAACAUUGUUGAUUACUUAACCGAGAGAGCGAAGCUUUCUGUGAGUUAAAAGAGUAAUGAACUGAAAACUUUUUGUUGAUAGAUUUUGGUACUUUUGUUGAUAAACUGGCAUAGAUUUUGACAUUGAGAAAGUGCGAAAUUCAAUAGCAUGAA